UGUGUUGCUGUGUGUUGCUGUGUUGCUGUGUGUUGCUGUGUGUUGCUGUGUGUUGCUGUGUGUUGCUGUGUGUUGCUGUGUGUUGCUGUGUGUUGCUGUGUUGCUGUGUGUUGCUGUGUGUUGCUGUGUGUUGCUGUGUGUUGCUGUGUUGCUGUGUGUUGCUGUGUGUUGCUGUGUGUUGCUGUGUGUUGCUGUGUGUUGCUGUGUGUUGCUGUGUUGCUGUGUGUUGCUGUGUGUUGCUGUGUGUUGCUGUGUGUUGCUGUGCGUUGCUGUUCCCUUGCCCUGAGUGCAGGUGUUCUCCUUCGUGUUUGGGGAUGGCGACCCCAAUGAGGGCAGGGACGAAGCUAGAUGGCAACUGGUGGGAGAUGUGAUUGCGAGCCGAGGCGGUGUGGUGGCCGCUCAGGAGAUCGCGCCCUUCCUCGACCUCCCUGCUGACACCUCGGACGAGUCUUUCAUGCUGCCGGUGCUGCAGCGGUUUGAUGGAAGCCCGGAAGUAGACCCACAGGGCAACAUCCUCUACACCUUCCCGCUGCUGCAGCGCACGGCCAGCGAUGCUGCAGGACAGCGCCGCGUGCAGCUCAACCCCGCCCUGGACCCCCUGCAGCAGGCGCGCUACUUCGCCGAGAACCUCUGGGCCUUCAGUGAGGCGCCAGCAUGGAAGCGCACGCUAGCAGCAGGGCUUGGUGUGGUCAACGUGGUGGGGGUCGUCUGGCUCUCCUCGCUCCUCAGCGAUCCAGCGGUGGUGCGGGAGGCAGGAGUGGAGUUUGUGAGCCUCAUCUCCUCCCUCAUGCCAUGGCUGCAGGGCUAUGCGGCGGUGUUCUUUACCAUCCCUGCAGUGCGAUACCUGUGGCAGCAGCGUGCCAACGAGGCCAUAGCGGAGCGCAACGCACGCCGCCAGCAGAGCGCUCAGCAGCUCGCGCAGCCCAACGCACAGCUCAGACGCAAGCUGGCGAACGCGCGGGAGCAGGCGCGCAGCACAGUGGUGUCGGAGGACAAGGUGAUCUAUACCACAGCCAAGGACAUGGCCGAGCAGGACCUGGAGGCGCGCGAGUGGGAGAGGAAGCUGGAGGGCAGGUGAUGGGGCAUGCAUCUGGGAGGGAGGGAGGUGACACAUGGCAUGGCAGGGUGGUGACAUGUGUGCGUCCUGCUGCCGCAGCAGCGCGGAGCAUUACCUGCUCUAAUCAUGUGCCUGGUUUGAAGACACGGUUGGGAGUUGAGAAUUUUUUACUUACCGGUAUUGCUCUAGUGGACCUCUGAGCCAAUGCUAGGAUUUCAAUGGAUUAUUGAGCUUUGUUUAUGCUGCUGUGAUUAUUGUACGUAUUUCUGUACCAUUUUGCAAGAAUCUGUUGGUUUUAUUAUGGGACAAGCACAACA